AUGUCAUCCCGUGUCGGUCUUCGCUUUCUCGCCAACUCGCGCGCCGCGUUUCGUAAUCUCCGUCAAAAUGUGAGCAACAACAAGGGCUUCCGAUUCUCGAGCACGGAGGCAAGCGCAGCUGGCGCCGAGCAAUCACAGAACGCUUUUCAGAGGAUGUGGAAUAGUCCUGUUGGUUUUAAGACUGUCCACUUUUGGGCUCCUGUUAUGAAGUGGUCGCUCGUCAUUGCAGGCAUCUCCGACCUCGCCCGUCCUGCCGAAAAACUCUCUCUAACUCAAAAUCUCGCUCUCGUCGCAACUGGCACAAUCUGGACCCGGUGGUGUUUCGUCAUUACCCCCAAGAACAUGCUUUUGGCUGCUGUCAACUUCUUCCUCGCCUGCACCGGUGCCGCACAACUAACUAGAAUAUUCCUCUGGCGACGAAGCCAGGACGGCUCAGCCAAGGAGGCUGUGAAGGAUAUGGCUGUUGAUACCGUUGAAAGCGCGAAGCUUGUUACUGAUGGUGCCAAGGGAGCUGUCAAGGCUGCUGAGGAGAAGUUCAAGUCGUCCUAA